AUGGCUUCAAUGGCCAUUAUUCCAGUUAAGCUAGGCCAGCGAGUGCAAAUCGACAUCGCCGGCGCCAAGUCGUUCAAGCGCUCCUACGCAACUGGGGUUGAGGAGACGUUCAAGAUUUGUGCGGAUGAGAAGGACCAGAGCCCGAAAUGUACGCAUUGGAGUGAUAAGAACGGAAAAGUGCUGACGGAAACCUCACGCAUCCGUGGCUUCAAAAAUGGCACGCUCGUGCUUGAGAAAAUUGUCCUGGAAGACCUGGCGAACUACUGGAGCCCCGAGAAGCAGAACAUCGAGAGCAAGCUAGGCGAGCGCGUCCAAAUCCGCAUUGAGGGCGCCAAGUCGUUCAAACGCACCUUCCAGACCGGUGUGGAGGAGUUCUUCAAGAUCUGUGACGACGAGAAGGACUCGAGCCCGAAGUGUACGCAUUGGAAUGACAAGGACGGAAAAGUGCUGACGGAUACUACACCCGUCCACGGCUUCAAAAAUGGCACGCUGGUGAUUGAAAAAGUGGACUUCGGAGACUUGGCCGAGUACAUGAGCCCGGAGCAGCAGUUUAUCGAGACUAAGCAUGUCGAUGGAAGUGUCUCGGGCGUCCUCGGGCCCGUCGACACCGUGUUUCUUCCUAAACCGGAAAAA